AUGGCCGGCCUCCUCACUGAGACUGCUCACGCUGAGCUGCUGCCUCUCCCUACGCCUGAGCCUGCGCUUGGCCCUGACUCCGUUGAGCUCCCUGCCCUCCCCUCCGAGUCGAGCUUCCAGUUCUCCGGCUUCCCGACCGAUGCAUCCUCCAACAACGCGUCUUUCACGUCCACGCCCCCAACCACUAUUGCUGACGCAGCCAGCGUCGCCUCUGACACUUCCAAGCACGAGAUUACAGCUACCAUCCAGGCUCUCGACGCCCCUGCAGCAUCCACUCCCGUUACCGGCUCUGCUGAGCCUGCAGAGCCCGCACAGCCUGCGGAGCCCGCGGAGCCUGCGGAGCACACUGAGCACAUUGAGAAGAUCGAGCAGACUGUCCAAGUCGCCACCGACCAAUCACCCCAAUUAGACCAACAGACCCCCAAGGCGUCCACACCAGAUCUUGACAAUGAGACUCCCACCCCAAGACGCGCUCGAACCGCGCGUGCGGCUGCGCAGGCCCCCGUCUACAAUCUAGCCAAGCUCGCAGGCACUCACAUCCACGGCAAGAGACGCGCCAAUGGCGAUUCUGUCAGAGAAAAGCGCAGGAGGACCAUCUCGGGCGACACGCUGGUUGCCGACAACGGUGCAGGCACCAACCCCAGCCUCGACAGCAUUGUACAGCGUGGCGUUGACGCGUUGGACAUGAACUGGUCGCUGUCGGCCCCCAACUCGCCUUCGACCGCACGUGACGGCAACGCGCAGACCAAGUCUGCUGCGAACACCAAGAAGCAAAAGGCAAAGGCAGUUCUCGCGAAGCGCAUAUCCACACGCGCUUCAGGUGCGGCUGCCGCCGAGGCACUCAUCACAAAGGCUGCUUCGGUGGGCAAGCGGGGACGAAAGAUGCUCGAGAACACGCGCAUACCACGCGAGCUCAGAAGGCUACAGGACACAAACGAGUUCAUGGGCGUCGAGGCAAAACCUGUGCUUCAUACUAUCUGGAGCAAUGGCAAGUAUGUCGACCCUAACGAGUUGGACGUCGACGGCGAGCCACUCCGAAAGAAGGCCAAGAAGGAGCGCGCAUCGACAAAACCCGAGGCCGAGGUCGAGGCUGAGGCGUCCAAGGAAGAGACUCCCACGGUUGCGCCUAAGCAGAAACGCGUCAAGAAGUGGCUGGACAAGGGCCUGUAUGCAGGCCAACCAGCCCCAUUGGACUACACCAAGGGGAUGAGUGCUGCCGAGAAGAAGAAGCUUGCGCAACUGCCAGAGCUCGCCCCGACUGGAAAAGUGAACAAGACAUUCCCACUGCCCAUGUUUGCCGGCUUGAGACUCCUAAUCAAUGGUCGUGAUUUCAAACUGCCAUUCGAUGUUUGCAACCCACUGCCACCUGGUCAGCCCAAGCCGGAUGAGUGGCGCAAGAUGACCAAGAAUCGAUUUGUCGGCGACGCUGGGACAUACUGGCGGAAGACGGACCAUUUCAAGGACUACCAGUCAAAAUGUAUCUGCAAGCCUGAGGACGGAUGCACCGAAGACUGUCAGAAUCGCAUCAUGUUGUACGAGUGCGAUGACACAAACUGUAAUGCGGGCAAGGAAUACUGCCAUAACCGCGCUUUUCAGAACUUGACUGCGCGCACCAAGAAAGGCGGGCGAUACCGCGUUGGUGUUGAGGUUGUCAAGACAUCCGAUCGCGGCUACGGUGUGAGAAGCAACCGGUGUUUUGAGCCUAAUCAGAUCAUCAUGGAGUACACUGGUGAGAUCAUCACACAGGUGGAAUGCGAGACACGGAUGACCGAGAAGUACAAGGACAACGAGUGUUACUAUCUCAUGGCGUUCGACCAGAACAUGAUCAUCGAUGCGACGACUGGCAGCAUCGCUCGAUUUGUAAACCACUCAUGCGCACCGAAUUGCCGCAUGGAGAAGUGGAUCGUGCAUGGUCAGCCGCGCAUGGCGCUCUUCGCGGGCGAGAAACCCAUCAUGACUGGAGACGAGCUGACGUACGACUACAACUUCGACCCUUUCUCGGCAAAGAACGUACAGAAGUGUCUCUGCGGCAGCGAUAACUGCCGUGGCGUUCUGGGCCCCAAAGCACCCACGAUUCCUCGCGGCGAGGCCCUGGUCAAAGGUGUUAAGGAGACUGUCAAAGCCGCAACCAAGGCCGGAAAACGCAAGUUGGCGGCACUUCUUGAAGGCCAGGAAGAAUCGGGUACUCCCAACAAGAAGCGCAAGGUGAUUAAGGCUACGGGUGUCAAGCGUUCCCUGAGCGCAAAGGCCGCCGCGGCAGUCAAGAAAACUGCCAAUAGCAUCUCUGUCAACGCGAAGGCGGCUCUCUCCAACUCGACAGCGCCACCCAAGACUCCAGCCAAGACGGUGUCCGUCCGCAAAUCGACGCUCGUCAAGGCGUCCAGGACGUACAACAAGAAUGGGAAGGAGUUGCUGCUUGCUGCGAGCCUGACCUCAAGUGCGGCCACGAUUGUUGCGACACCAGCGACGGGGAAGUCGGCAGGCCCUGGCCGGAAGAAGGCCACUCCUGCAAAGGGCUCAGCGGCCAAGGCCAAGGGCACCAUCAAGGGUACCAUCACCAGCGCUGCCGGCAAGGGUAACAUUAGGGGCACCAUCAAGAGUGCCAAGCACACGAUCAACAAGUCUACCGGCAAGAAGACGGCCACCACGAAGACGGUCAAGGCGAGGCAGAUUGCUAAGAAGAGCAUCUUGGAAGAUGCCGAGGACGGCAAAGCGACCAAGAAAUCGGCCAAGUCAGACCGAGCACCCACCGUUGAGGCCGGGUCCAUUAGUGUCAAGGGCCCCCGGAAGGCGCUCGAGUUGUCCCGUACGCAGAAUAAGAUCCGCGUAGUGACAGACUCGGAGUAG